UUUUCUUUUCUUCCCAGAAAGAACUGAGAAACACCAAGAAAAAAACACACACAAACACACACAUAAAAAAACCCAUAUCAAGAAUUGACAGAGCUUCCCAGGAUCCAAACAUAUAGACACAUAGAUAGACACACUUAAAGAAACAAGUGAGGAGAUAUCUAGUAAUGGUUUCUCUCCUUUUUGUUUGAUCUCCUGUGUUUGUUUGGCUUCUGCAUUGCUUAAUUCAGUGUCUCGAGACUUUAUUGUACCAGGAAAUCUUGCAAAUAUUCUGAAUUUUGUUGAGACUUCAUUUGUUGACAAUCCUUGGGUUAAAAAAUUUCUGGUGACUGAAUUUGAAAGUCCUGCAUUGCCAUAUAACAAAAAAUCGCUAAAGUGGGAAAUGAGUACAAUGACAGGGAUCACAAGAAAGAUUGUUGUUAUUUGUAUGUUACAGGGUGGAAACACAAUGAUCAGGGAUUAGUAAAUUUUCACAAUUACCAAGAAGUUCACAGUUGGCCAGGCGUGUUUGCAAUGUCACGUUGCUUUCCCUUUCCUCCCCCAGGAUACGAUAAGAAGAUCCCUUUUGCUGACGAGAAGUGGCUAGAAAAGGUGAAGCGGGAGAAAAAGCAUAAGAAGGAAAAGAGAGAUAAGAAAGAUAAGGAUAAGAAGGAUAGCAAAGAGAAGAAAAGGGAUAAGAAAGAGAAGAGAGAUAAGAAAGAGAAACGAAGGAAACAUAAAAAAGACAAGGAGAGAAGUGAAACUGAGCUGAGAGAAAAGGACUCAACCGAGAAACUCACAGACAACGAGAAGCACAGAGAAAAAGAACUGAAAAACACAUCAGUUGAGAAUGACAAGAAUGAUACUGUUGGCCCAAAAUAUAACAGUUUCGAGAAUCUUGAAUCUAAGUGCAUGCAAAGAGAUGAUACUAGUGAAUUCAAAUUUUUGCUGGACUCAGGAAAAAAGAGAACCAGAGAUAAUAUCAAGGUGAGCCCUUUGGUUCAGAAAAUUAAUCUUGCUGGUAGAAGUGAUCUUGAGGUACCAGGGACUGUGCUCAAGGAUAAAAGAGACAGUGACAGAAAAGUCUAUGGGGAGAGUAAAGAAUUUGUUGCAAGGCCUCAUAAUAAUUGUUCUCUUCCGAGUAAUAUUGGAGGCAAUGAGAGACAACUUGCACGGGUCCCUGGAUUGGAGGACAGGUAUUCGGAAGAGCAGAAAGAAAACGGUAUGCAUAAGAAUGUCUAUGGUGACAAAGAUGGGAACAUGGAUCCAAAUCGAGAGAAAAUAAUCAAAUCAAAGGGUGAAACUGGGGGAGAUAAGGCAAAUGUGAAGGUACCAGAUAUAGAGCUGUUAAAAACAAAAGAAAACAGCUGGAAUGCUGCAUGUUUUGAUAAUGGUAAGCCGUCACCUCUUUCAAAGGCAGACAACGAAACUUCUCAUCUUGGAAAAAGAAAGGCUUGUGAAAUGAAUGAUGUUCUUCUACAUGAUAAAGAAAGUCAGCCUUGUAAAUUGACGAGAUUUUGCCCUCCAUCCAAUCAUGUUUCAGAAGGAGAAAGAAAUUCAGAUCCUUGCACAACUCCCACCCAACCUAUUGCUAAUUUUGGUGAAAAAGUGCAAAACCAUAAGGUUAAUGUAAAGUUUUCAUGCAAUGAAUCCAAUUUGGAGGCAACCCAAGCUAAUCUCCAGCUCGUCUCUGAGAAGCAAGAGAAUCGUGAUAGCUAUGAAUUAAAUAAUAAUAUUCUAUCGUCUCAUCCGGUUCUACAAAAUGACGGGGUGGCAUUAAACAUGUGUUAUGCUAGCAAUCAGUUUGCUUCUGAGCGGCUACAAACAAGCAACGGACAUUAUAUAGAUGGCAAGAUCUCACUGGAUCCGGUGGUGAAAAAUGGAAAAGUAGUUGAUGAGGCUGUUACCCAUUUGUCUAGUGGAGGCUAUGUGAUGAUUGAUGAUCACAAAGUGAAACACAAUGAUCUCAAGAUCGAUAGGUUGGAAGAGGGUAAAACACCAAAUGUUUCUUCAACUAGGCCAUCUUCCAAAAAAGUCAAAAAGAACAGAGAUAUUUCUGCUAAACCUCCGCACCCUGAUUCCAAGUAUCUAAGCGAGAUACUAAACAUUCCUGGUGUUGAGUGGCCAGACAUGGAUAAUCAAGAAUGGCUUUUUGGUGGCGACAAUCAACAGUCAAAUAAGUCAAAGUCUGGCGCUCCUCAGGUUGCCGAGUCAGAACAUGUGUGGUCAAAAGCUCUGCGGAUAGAAUCUGCUGAUAUAACUGCUCUACCUUAUGUCAUUCCUUACUAGUCAGCUCUGAAUGCUUGUAUAUCAUCAUUUUGGACUUCCUCACUUCAUUUCCUGGCUCAUCUACUGCUGGCCAUCAACAGCCAUGGACUUCUUUGGGCUUUACUCCUGACUAUUAUAUUCAAAUCUUGAAUGUCUCAAACGUGGAGAUCUCUCUCGACUUUGCUUGACUGCAUCUUGUCUUGAAACGAUCCGUGAAGGUUUAACUGCUACCGCACUUCGUCUAGUAGUAGAUUUUUGGUUUGAUCGGUUGAAAGGGAUUAGUUAGAAACUCAGGAUGGCCGGAGCCCCGAGCCUGGAGAGUGAAGUAGGAUUAUUUUUGGCAGUUUUGAACAGAAAAUCAUAUAGUUUUAGUCUUUUCAAACUCAUUAUGUUAUCAUGCAAGUUGACAGCUCAGUUAUAACUUAUAAGAGAUCAGGAGGAUUAUUACAUGACUUUAUUAUA